AUGGAAUAUGGUGCAGAAAAUGAAGAUGAAGAUGAUGACAGUGAUUUUCUAGGCGAUGACACAGCUAGGGAGGAUGUAGAGGUAGAUAUGAGGGAUUUUAGACUAAACAUUGAUGAGGGGAUUGAUGAGAAUAAUGAUGCAGUUGGUGAUUCAAUUGAUGAAGAUGUUUUAAAUGAUGAUAUAUUAGAAAGUGGAAGUGAGUCUGAUUUGGAUGAGUCUAGUGCUAGGAAGAAAAUGCUUAAGGGUUUAAGGAAUGCCAAUGAGAAAAAGAGCAAUUUCUACCUAGGACAGAUUUUUGGAAACAAGGUAGAAGCCAAAGAAUUAAUCAAGCAGCAUGCUGUGGAAACUAAGAGGGAACUUAGGAUUGUUAAGGAUGAUAGUAAAAGACUAAGGGCUGUUUGUAGGGGUCAGUUACCAAAUUUCCAAGUUGAUGCACAUGGUCAAAAGAAAAACAAGUGGAAGAUUCUCUUGGUAGUAACCUUGAAUUCUUGGACAUGGUUCCUUCAGUGCCUUGGUAAAGAUCUGGAAUUGGAGUCUAAUUCAAACUUUACCUUCAUUAGUGACAGGCAAAAGGGCAUAAUCCCAGCACUGCAGAAGGUGUUCCCAUGUGCUGAACACAGGUUUUGCCUAAGACAUAUUCAUGAGAAUAUGAAGUUGAGAUUCAAAGGAAAAGAAUACAAAGAUAACUUAUGGAAGUUAGCAACAUCAAGCACUGUUGAGUACUUUGAACAAAACAUGCAAUCCUUGAAGGCAUUCAAUGCUGAAGCACAACUAUGGUUGUCUGAUAUCCCACCACAACAUUGGUCAAGAUCACACUUCUCAGGUAGGGCACUAUCAGAUGUGUUGUUAAACAACAUGUGUGAAGUUUUUAACUCAAGGAUAAUGGAUGCAAGAGACAAACCUAUUAUCACACUUUUGGAGUACAUCAGGGAGUAUCUCAUGAGAAGGAUUGUGAAUGUGCUUAGAGUUAUGGACAACUGUGAUGGACUGUUGACACCAUAUGCUCACAAGAAGUUUGAGGAGAUUAAGUUACAAGCUAGUAGGUGUUCAGUCAUGUGGAAUGGGGAAGACCAUUAUCAAGUUAGAGGCCCUGCUGGAUUUGGUGUUGUGGUGGAUUUAAAAAGUAGAACAUGUACAUGUAGGAAAUGGGAGAUCACAGGGAUGCCGUGCAAACAUGUUGUGGCUUCAAUAUGGAACAAGAAUAUGUAUGGUGGGAAAGGAACAGAACUACCUGAGACAUUUAUCCAUCCAGUGUACACAAUGGAUAGGUGGAAACAAGUGUACAAGUAUAAGGUGUAUCCAAUCAAUGGGAGGACUUUGUGGCCUAAGUCUAAUGUCCCUACCACUUUAACACCACCAAACCAUCACAAGCCUAUUGGUAGGCCAAAAAAGGCAAGAAAGAGGUCAGCCCUGGAGUUGGAGGAGUCAACAAAAGAUGGAAGACUGACAAAGAAGGGAACCACGAAGAACUGUUUGAAGUGUGGCAAAACAGGGCACAAUCGCAGAACAUGCAAGGGACAGGAGGCAUCCUAGGAAGUUUGAUAGUUUGUUGGACUUAAAACUAUGGUUUUUAUGUUUUGUUUAAAUGUUUGAAAUGUUUGGAUGGUAAACCUU